GAACUGGUCGGAAAGGGCCGGAAAGAGACGGAAGGAUCCGGAAGGGGCCGGAAAGAGACGGAAGGGGCCGGAAAGAGCCGCCGGCUCCUCAGCGACAGCGGGAAACGGAGCGGAGCGGGAGAGGUUGAAUAUCCUGAUGAGUAACUCGGCUUGGAGCAUGGUGGAGCGUGCACGAUCACACCUUCUCAGGAACCAUGUGCUGAGGUUCCCUUGGUGAGCAAAACCUGGAUACCUGUACAUGGAAGAGAAUGGGAUCCCUGUGUGGCAGCUCUGCUCGAGGGACUGUUUGAGCACUGCAGGGCUCCUCAGCAGCCCACGGGAGGAUGGAUAACCCCACGUUCAGAAGUGACACUGUGCUGUCGGAUGUUCACCUGCACUGCCCAAGCAAAAGUCACCUCAUGGUACGGCUGAACGCAGUUGGACAGCCAGUGUUCCUGUCACAUUUCAAACUCCUUUGGAGCACAGAAGAUUUGGCCUCUGGGAAGCAUGUGAGAGAAAUUACCACAGGAAGAGAACACCAGUGCAGAAGUGGAGAUGAACUGUGUGACAAGGACAGCAGUAACAUAAAAAUAGAAGGAGAAUUAAAUAGUGAGGGAGUAGAAGCUCUGCUAGAUGAUGAUGGAGACCUGGAAGUGGUCAGAAGGCCUCGAAGUGCCUCUGAUUUGCAAGCAGAGGAUCUUUUGAGGGAUAUAGUGUGUCCUGUAAUUCUGAUGAAAGGGAAAGAAGAUGCUUUUGAAGAUGAAGAGCAGGAGUGCACUUGCAGUGAUGUCAUUAAAAUAGAACACACUAUGGCAACCCCCCUAGAAGAUGUUGGUAAACAAGUCUGGCGUGCUGCCUUCCUUCUGGCUGAUUUCAUUCUCUUUAAAAGGGACUUGUUCAGGUGCUGCACUGUGCUGGAGCUUGGAGGAGGCACUGGAAUUACCAGUGUCAUCAUGGGAACAGCUGCCAAGAGAGUUUAUUGCACAGAUGUUGGUGAAGAUCUUCUGACCAUGUGUGAGCAAAAUGUUGCAUUAAACAAACACCUGAUGGAGCCAGGAGGAGGGGAAAUUAAAGUGAAAGAACUGGAUUGGCUGAAAGAUGAAUUCUGCACUGAUCCUGAAGCUCCUUAUAGCUGGUCUGAAGAAGAGAUUGCUGAUUUGCUUGAUCACUGUUCUGUUAUAAUGGCAGCUGAUGUGUUCUAUGAUGAUGACCUGACAGAUGCUUUGUUCAGAACUCUGUAUAGAAUCACACACAACUUGAGAAAUUCUUGCACAGUUUACUUAGCACUGGAAAAGAGGCUGAACUUCACUUUAAGACAUAUGGAUGUUACAUGUGAAGCCUACACUCAUUUUAGAAAUACUCUAAAUGAUUUGGAGAACCUCCAAGAUGGAAAAAUGAAAUAUACAGUGGAGCCUAUUAAGCUUGAUUUCUGCCAGUUCCUUGUUUAUGAACGAAUUGAGCAGUUGGAAUUGUGGAAGGUCAUGGCUGAACACCUAACGUGACAGGCCCACGAGAAAGGAGAAGAUCUUUACCUAAGGAGAAGGGCUGUUUUGGUGUUCUGUUAAGGAUUUUCAUCCCAAGAAAAGUGGAAUUGUGAAAUUGUGUUCUCAGAAAGUAUUUCAAUGCAGUUUUGUUUUACUGUUUUUGGUUUUGGCACUUCGUUUCUUGGACUUGUGCACUUGGACAUGAUUUCUUUGAUGCUUCCAAGUGCCUGCUGGAUGCCAGACAGUGGCAGUGACACUUGGGGCACUUUGGGAUUGAUGACUUCACUUUUAGAGACUGGCAAAGAAGUAUUUAACCUUUUCCAUAUGGCUGAUUUGCAGAUGUCAUGCAUUUCCCUGUUUAGUUGACACAAUAUGGGCAUUGUUCUCAGUCUUAUCCCAGUUCCACACAUUAUUUCUGUUUAUGGACACUUGUGGAACAAUGUUCUGGACAAGACUUAUUUGUCAUGAAUUAAAUUUUCUUUAAGAAAUUUGUUUAUGAAACUUG